AUGGCUGGAUCAAACGCCUCUGAGGUCAUCUUUAUCUCUGUCAAUCACAGCAUCACUUUGAUGGGAAAGGUGUGGCUCAUUGUGAUGAUCUUCCUCCGUGUCCUCAUCCUCCUCUUGGCUGGUUUCCCUCUGUAUCAGGACGAGCAGGAGAGAUUUGUGUGUAACACCAUCCAGCCCGGCUGUGCCAACGUCUGCUACGAUCUCUUCUCUCCCAUCUCUCUCUUCCGAUUCUGGCUGGUGCAGCUUGUCACCUUGUGUCUACCCUACGUCAUCUUCAUUAUCUACGUGGUCCACAAGGUUUUGAACAACCUUACUGUGGACCUUUUUUCUGAGGGACAAGCCAAAGCCUUGCCGCUGUUUAAGAUCCACCGGGAGCCGUUUAGAAAGAAGUCUGGAAACAAGACGCCUUUGGUGGCUGAACGAGAGUUGAUCCGGUGCUUCACAGGUGCUUACAUCCUUCAUCUGUUGUUCAGGACGGUGCUGGAGGCAGGGUUUGGGGCUGCUCACUACUAUUUAUUUGGUUUCUACAUCCCCAAGAGGUUCCUUUGCCAACACCCACCUUGCACCACCCAGGUGGACUGCUAUAUCUCCAGACCCACGGAGAAGACAGUGAUGCUCAACUUUAUGCUUGGAGUGGCUGCUCUGUCUCUCUUCCUAAAUGCUCUGGAUUUUAUCUGCGCAAUAAAGCGCUCAGUGAAACACAAAAGCAAGAGGAAGAUGAUAGUGGAGAAGAUUUAUGAGGAGGAGCAGUGUUUCCUCUCUGCAGGAGGAACCUCAAGAGGAGCAGACCAGAGCGCCUCCCCGGCUCGGCCGGAUGUGGAGGCAGAGGCUAGUCAGAAAGGGAGUUUCAGGAAGAGGCGAGGCAGUAAGAACUCUUGUGUUGGGGGAUCACUUACUUCAGGACAGGAAGCGAUCUCUACGAGUUCUCCUGGACAGCCAGGCCGCAACACCAACGGGAAUAACGGCUGCUCCAUUCCUCAAGAUGAAGCUCUAGACAUGAACAGCAGCGAGUUGACUCUUUUCCCUCCAGAGCCGAUGGGAACACCAAGAUCUAUCCGAGUUAGCAAACGCAGCAGACUCAAACCACCACCUCCACCCAGACGGGACCUUGGGCCAUCUCACAUAGGAUCAGCAGCACCAACAGGGGAUGUAACAGUAGCAGCAUGUACCAGAAGGGUUGGUCAGUACACGCUGGUUGAGCUGGGAAGCAGCCCAGAGAUGCAGACCAAUGAGGACGGGCAGGAGAAGAGAUCAGAGUGGGUAUGA